UCAUGGUACAAUACUUUGACCUUGUCCCAAGGCACAACUCUGUCUAUACUAGAAACCGCCAGCAAGGCCAACAAUUCAUGCAUGACAUACACGUGUCUCCUCCUUCUCCUCUACAUAAACAACUCAACCCCAACCUCCAAAAUCUUCUUACAAGAAAAACCACAACCUUUUUCAGCUACUGAAAAAAAAAAAACAUCAAAACUAAUGAUGGGAAAGAGAAGGGCAAUUCUCCUGGCGGCGGCGCUAGUGGCGGCGCUGGUGGUGGCUGUGGCUGGCUACGAAGAGGAAGGAACAAGGUGGGAAGGCGGCGAAGAAGGCGGCACGGGGCGGAGAGAAGGGCAGGAGUCGUUCUUGCUGCAGGAUUCAAAGCACGUGGUGAAAACCGAUGCGGGUGAUAUGAGAGUGGUGAGAGGCUUUGGAGGCAGAUUUGCAAAAAGCCCCAUGCAUAUUGGAUUUAUUACUAUGGAGCCCAAAAGUCUUUUCAUCCCUCAGUACCUUGAUUCCAGCCUUAUUCUCUUCGUUCGCAGAGGGGAGGCAAGAGUUGGUUAUAUAUAUAAAGAUGAACUGGUGGAGAGGGAUUUGAAGAUGGGAGAUAUUUACCGAAUCGGCGCCGGUUCGGCUUUUUACUUGAUCAACACCGCCGAGGGGCAGAGGCUUCAUGUUAUCUGCAGCAUUGAUACUUCUGAGAGCUUAGGGUGGAGCUCAUUCCAGUCUUUCUACAUUGCUGGUGGAACGUACCCAUCAUCGGUGCUUUCGGGAUUCGAUCAAUUGACAUUGUCUACUGCAUUCAAUGUUUCGGAAACAGAAUUGAGUGAGAUGUUAACUACCCAACAAAGCGGCCCGAUCGUGUUCUUAACGAGCUCCCACGCACCUAGCUCGUGGUCCAAAUUCCUAGACAUGGACCGGAAUCAAAAGGUGGCCCACAUGAGGAGAAUUGUCCGAAUCCGACGCGAAGAUCUCGAACAAGAGGAGGAUAAAUCAACUUGGUCUUUUAGGAAUCUUUUUGUGUCUCUCUUUGGGAGAAGAGAGGACAAAAGGGGAAAAACUCGUGCAACCGGUAAAGGGCCCGAUGCUUACAAUAUAUACGAUAGGAAGCCCGAUUUCAAAAACGACUACGGUUGGAGCCUUGCUUUGGAUGAGGGUGAUUACUCCCCCCUUAAGCACGACGAUUUCGGCGUCUACCUUGUUAAUCUCACCGCGGGUUCUAUGAUGGCGCCACAUAUUAAUCCGAGAGCAACCGAGUACGGAAUAGUAUUGAGCGGCGCCGGGACUAUACAAAUCGUGUAUCCAAACGGGAGCUUAGCGAUGAACGCUAAAGUGACGGAGGGUGACGUGUUCUGGAUACCGCGAUACUUCCCCUUCUGCCAGAUCGCGUCGCGGACCGGGCCGUUUGAGUUCUUCGGGUUCACCACAUCGGCCCGAGACAACCGGCCGCAGUUCCUGGUCGGGGCGAACUCGCUGCUCCAGACAAUGCGGGGCCCCGAAUUCGCGGCUGCGUUCGGGCUGACUGAGGAGAGGCUGAACGAGAUCAUCGAUGCGCAGCGGGAGACCACGAUUCUGCCGUCCGCCACCGUUUCUCCGCCGGACGUGGCGGCGAAGGUGGUUAGGGAUUUUGGUGGUGAUGUGGUGAUGGGGUUUGAUUAGGGAUUUUGGUCUGGUGGUGUUUGAUGGUUUUUCUCCAUUUUCGAAUUGGUGUUUCUUUCUGUCAAUUUGCGUUGUUUUGUCUUUUCUGUUACGUCGUCGUUUGCACCUUUCGGAAGUUGUGAAUAAAGCUGGACUGGUUCCCUCUUUUUA